AUGGAGGUCGAGAAGAAGGUUGUGGGGAAGGUCGUGGAGGUCGAGAAGGUAGUGGAGGUCGAGGAGAAGGUUGUGGAGGUCGAGGAGAAGGUUGUGGAGGUUGAGGAGAAGUUUGUGGAGGUUAAGGAGAAGGUUAUGGAGGUCAAGGAGAAGGCUGUGGAGGUCGAGGAGAAGGUUGUGGAGGUCGAGGAGAAGGUUGUGGAGGUUGAGGAGAAGGCUGUGGAGGUUGAGGAGAAGGUUGUGGAGGUUGAGGAGAAGUUUGUGGAGGUUAAGGAGAAGGUUAUGGAGGUCAAGGAGGCUGUGGAGGUCGAGAAGGUAGUGGAGGUCGAGGAGAAGGUUGUGGAGGUUGAGGAGAAGGCUGUGGAGGUUGAGGAGAAGGUUGUGGAGGUUGAGGAGAAGUUUGUGGAGGUUAAGGAGAAGGUUAUGGAGGUCAAGGAGAAGGCUGUGGAGGUCGAGGAGAAGGUUGUGGAGGUUGAGGAGAAGGCUGUGGAGGUUGAGGAGAAGGUUGUGGAGGUUGAAGAGAAGGUUGUGGAGGUUAAGGAGAAGGUUGUGGAGGUCAAGAAGGUUGUGGAGGUCAAGGAGAAGAUUGUGGAGGUCGAGGAGAAGGCUGUGGAGGUGGGGAAGGAGGUUGUGGAGGUGGAAAAGAAGACUGUGGAGGUCGAGAAGGUUGUGGAGGUCAAGGAGAGGGUUGUGGAGGUCGAGAAGGUUGUGGAGGCCUAG